CCGAUUGCUCGUCACCAUCAUCAUCGAAGUUACACAGUAUAUAAUGUUUGCUGGACUUGAAACCCGCGUCUUCUCUUUUCUUUUGUCUAGACACCAUCAUGAAGUUAGUUCACAUUGUCAUUGCCAAGUUCAAGCCUGAAAUCAGUGAGGCAACGCGUCAACAAGCUUGUGACGAAGUGUUGAAGCUCAAGGACCAGAUUCCCAACAUCUUGUCGUGCACUGCUGGCAAGACUUUCACUGAACGUAGUCAGGGUUACGAAUGGGGUUGGGUCGUUGAACUCGAGAAGAAGGAGGACCUUCCCAUCUAUGCUGAGCACGCCGCCCAUCAAGCAUUCUUGCAAAGGUACAAGCCUACCUUUGAGGAUUUGAUUGCCCUCGAUUACAUGUGCUAAACGGCGGUUUUUGUCCCAUUUAUGCAAUAAACGAACAAGUUUUUUCUGGAACAAGGGGCAAACUUGGAAUUGUAC